AAUGGUAUAAUGGAGAUAUUCCACAAUAUUUAAAUGGAUUUUUAAAUGAUAAAUCUAAUCGAUUAAUUGGUUGGGCAACAAUGAGACAAUUACGUGUUAAAUCAGAAUUAUGCUCCGAUCGACGUGUUAUUUCAAUAUGUGAAGAUAGUUAUAGUUUUUUUAAUGAAGAAACAAAAUUAUUUCAACCAGGAUGGACAAAUGAAACAAUAGAAGACGAAGUAUAUAGUUCAUCGAUUCUAAAAGCAUUUAACUAUUCUACGAGUGAUGAAUUAGAUACAUAUACAUAUGUAGGUGAAUUUGGAACAUAUAGAGGUGGUGGUUAUGUAUAUGAAUUUCGUGGUCGUUUAUCGGAUAUGAAAACAAAUUUAUCUAAACUUUAUCAAUUAGAUUGGAUUGAUGAGAAAACAAGAGCUAUUUUUAUCCAACUAACAUUAUAUAAUCCAAGUGUUGAAUUAUUAACUGCAGUUACUUUACUUGCUGAAUUUUUACCAACAGGUGGUAUUUAUACAACAGCUCGUUUCGAACCAAUUGAUUUCUACACAUUUACAUCAAUAUUACAAUUAGUUUGUACAAUAUUUUAUAUAUUUUUUAUUAUUUAUUUUAUGAUCAUUGAAAUUCAAUUAAUAUUUGAAUUAAGACUAAAAUAUUUUCAUCAGUUUUGGUCCAUAAUUCAAUUAGGAAUCAUUGGUUGCUCAUUGGGAAGUAUUGGCGUUUAUUUUUGGCGUUUUCAAGAAACAAAUCGUAUAAGUCAGUUAUUUGAACAAACAAAUGGAUAUGUUUAUAUCAAUUUACAACUUGCAGUUUAUGUUAAUGAUAUUUUAACAUUUCUUCUUGGUUAUUGUUGUUUUUUUAGUAUAAUUAAAUGUCUUCACUUACUUCGUUUUAAUCAACAAAUAUGUUUAUUCGCUGAAACAUUAAAAUCUUGUGCAAAGGCAUUGAUUUCAUUUUCACUAUUGUUUGCAAUUGUAUUUAUAGCAUUUCUCUGUUUAUUUUAUUUAUUAUUUGUAUCAAAGCUUUCGUCGUGUUCAAGUUUAUUAUCAACUGCUCAAAUGCUUUUUGAAAUGACAUUAAUCAAAUGUGAUGCAUCAGAAAUAACUGGAGCUGAUGCAUUUCUUGGUCCAUUCUGUUUUACGUUAUUUAUAUUUCUGAUUGUUUUUGUUUGUUUAAAUAUGUUUCUCUCAAUAAUUAAUGAUGGUUUUCGUCAUGCGAAAAAGAAUCAAAAGGAAGAUCAAAUUAUAUUAUCAUUUAUGGUGAAGAAAUUUUUACGAUGGACAGGUUUGAAAAGAUUAAAUCAAGAAGAAAUUCAAGAAGAAAGAGAUAGUAGAAUGCGUUCACAAUAUUUUGAUCCAAUUGAGAAUUUUUCUGAUAGAAUUGAUCAAUUGCUAGAAGCAGUCGAUAAAAUUUAUGUUGAUCAAAAAAGAGAAUUAACAAGGCUGGACAAAGCUGGACUCUAA